CCCCGGUUAUUUUUCACUCGAGUUCAUUGCACUACACCAAGCAUGCAAGUAUAUCCUAAACAAUUGGAGUUCAAAAGCGACUUCAAGACGCCUACCACUGCCUACCUUACCGUCAAGAAUACCAGUUCAUAUCCAUUAGCUUUUAAGGCCAAAAUUAAUGUUAAGAAUGUGUAUUCUGUUAAACCUAAUAUCAGAGUUGUAAAUCCCCAGGAAUCGGUCAACGUCUCGUUUACUUUACCAACAUUGAGAUAUCGGUUACCUGUAAACUAUCAAUCGAAGCACCAAUUCUUAAUAAUGUCGUUGCCAAGUGAUGGUCUCACUACUGACGAACUCUCUAACAACUGGCCAGAGUUGCAGAAAAAGUACGGUGACUCCUUGCAAUUGGACAAAAUUAAGGUCAAGUAUGUGAACCUCAAUGAAUCUGCUGAGGCACCAGCCGCGGCUGCCGAUUUGGGUGUUGGAUCUCCAACUAAAUUGAAUGGAAAAUCCAAAAGGAUUUCCAAAUUUGUUGCUAACGGCUCAGCUAACAGCACCAAUGGUUCUGUCGCCGGAACAGCUGCUGCCGGUGCAGCCGUUGGGGCAGCGGGUGCGGUAGCAUCGGUAGGAGCUAAACGUUCCUCUGGUUCUACAAGUCGCCUGCCGGCCGAUGAAGUUCAGACUUAUAACGGUGCUCCACGUGAACAUGUUAGCCAACAGCCUUCAAACAACAAUUACCAAAGUGCGUACCAAGCUGCUAAGGCCAAAGAAAUCAAAGAAGCACAGGCGUCGCGGGAAUCACAGACGUUGGUACCUUCCGAUAUUUCAAAGGAAUUCGAGACUUUACACGAACUGAAUGAAAGAUUAGGGAAGAAAUUGGACAGUAUUGAAAGGUUGAUUAUCAUUGCAUUGAUGCUUCUUUCGUUUAUUCUUGGGAAAUCAAUGGUUUAGGUGCCAAGUUUGUAAAUCUCUGUUGUACUGUCCCUUGACAAACUUUUAUUAAGAUGAAUACGAGUCCAUUAGCUAUUAAAACAAGAGUUUACUAUGUACAAGUAACUAAAAGAUCUUAGAAAAUACCCAAAAACGAGGUAGAAUGAUUGGAAACUCCUUUCUUAAUAUCGUCCGCUGUUUGUUCGUAUUGAUUAACUUUGGUGUUAGAUUCCUCAAUCUUAUCGACUAAAUAUUUUAAUCUGUUGUCCAAUUUGUAUUCUUUGAAGUGGAAUUUACUCAACUCUUCUUCGUAAUCUUUAAUUUUAGCAGUUUCGAGCUUGGCCAAAUUAUUAUAGUGGCCGAUUUCGAGGCUCGCAAAGAUAUCUUUGUCGUCGAUCAAGGUCUUGAAGGCUGCUUUGAAAAUUGGCCUUCCAGUCCUGAUUUCGUUUAAGACCCCAUUUUCACGUCUGAGGGUAAGCAAGUCAUUCUUCUCUAAUGCUGACAAGACUUCCAUUGUGUUAUUACCAGCUUUAAACAAAGGCGAUUUGGUUAAUUCGUUGUAUUUGAUGAUGUCCUUAGAAGAUAACAAUUUUAUCAACUCCCACACUUGAAGGGGAUCCCAGUUCUUGAAGUCUUCAUCACCAGGCUUGGUAUUGUUGUACAAGAAAAAGGUGGUGAUUUGUUCAGCUGCUUGGGAUACCAUUUCUGUUAAAGAUUGCUGAGGAGUCUCACCAGACCUUAUUCGUCUGAUAAAUGCUUGUAAAUCUAACAUUCUGCCUCCCAAUGGCUUCAAAGUUUCCUUAAUAAUAUCCGAAUUGAACUUCUCGUAUCUUAAAUCUUUUAACUUGUUCAUCACAUAGUAAUAACUACUGGUUUCGGAAGCAUCGUUCAAAGUGAUCGUCUUGAAAACCUGAUUUGGCAAAGAGGAAUUCAAUACCAGAAUGGAACCAACAUCAUUGGUGAUAAAAAUGACAUGCGCUAAAUUGCUUUGAACAAGAGUAGCAGCCCAAUCACUCAUCAUCUUGUAAAUAAAAUCAUUGGAGCUAUUUCGAGAUUUACUGGCAAAUUUGUUGAUGACAAUAACAGGCUUAGCUUCAGGACGUUGCUGUAAAUACUCAUCAGGUUUCAUCACAUCAUCCAACU